AUGAUUCCCCAUCGACGAUUCCACACAAAAAGCCGGUUUGGAUGUGCACAAUGCAAGAAGAGCCGGACAAAAUGUGACGAGAACAGGCCAGAAUGCGGACGAUGUCGGCGGAAAGGGUCAUACUGCUCGCUCGCCGACCAGGCCUCCGGCUUAAUAGUGAUCCCGGCCCAAGGCACGAAAUCUCGGAAAGCACAGACACGAACUCACACUGAAGCGCCUGACAACAACGCAGCUCCAAAUGGCACCCAUUUGAGGCGUAGUAUUGACCCAACCCAGAGUCUUAGUCCGACCAGGAUUCCGUUGCCUUUGCCCAGCGCCGAGCAAGCAAUCGUCGAGAUUCAGUUGACGGAUAUCGAACGGGAGCAGCUGCAGCUUAUGCACCACUACACAGUGCACACGUCGAAGAGUAUCGCCGAGGUCACCAUCCUAGAAGACCAAGAUCAAUCGCUCUGGAAUCAGUGGGCUAUAGAGCUGGCCUUCAAGAACGACUUUCUCCUCCAUGGCCUCUUGAGCUUGAGUGCGCUCCAUCUCGCACUCGGCGGUAGCUCGCCACAGAAGCAUACAGUUGCGGCCAUCCGCCAUCAACAUCUCGCAGUUUCGUUGUUUCGGCCGUACCUUUCCCAGCUCGCUGUCGACAAUUACGACGCCGUCUUUGCCUUUUCAUAUGUGGUUGCAUUCUAUUCUUUUGGCAUCCAGCGCACUUCCGAGUCCGACAUCAACCCGAUUGCAAAACUGCAUCAAGUUUUGAGCCUCGUCCGUGGGAUAUCCACUUUCUUUAAAUCAGACCUCGAGUCGCUGGGACGGAGUCGUUGGUCGGGACUGUCUUUCAUCCUCCGCCACCCGUUCACCCGAAAUCUUCCUGAAGAGAUGGAAACUAUGCUCUCUGACUUACGGCAACGCACCUCGAGGACGACCUCGGGGUCUGUCCGGGGACCCAUGUACAUUGCGGCCAUUGAGGCACUGAAAGCCAGUCUCACAUUUGCAAUCACCUAUCCAAGCGCACAGUCGUCCGUGACAUUGUUUUCAGUCAUGGUUCCUGCCGAAUUCUGGGCCAUGGCAACUACGGGCGAACCACUGGCUCUUGCGAUUCUAGCAAACUACGCCGUCACGCUGUACUGGUUGCGAGACAAUAUUUGGAUGAGAGGAUGGGGAAAAGAGAUUGUGGCUACCGUCCGUCAAGCUCUACCAUUGGAGUGGCACCAAUGUAUCGCCUGGGCUAUCCAACAAACGGAAUCUGCUUAG